UAAAUUUGACAAGUCUACCGUGUGUUCAGUGAUGUCAACUUGGAUGUUUUCCCCCCAAAUUUAGGGGGGACUUUACCCAAGCAAUUUUUUAGACGGUUUAAAAAAAACUGUACGAUUCUAUGAACUUUAGCCGCAAACUCAACCAAAAAAGUAAACCAAAUGUAAACUAAACUAAAAGCGGGCUAUAACUCAAAUAUCAAAAAGCUAUAAUAACGCAAGAUUGAAAGAAGACCUAUUUUAUACUACUUUAAAAGUACUUUUGAUUCAUAUUUCUCUCAAACCGAGUGUGCAAUAAAAACUUAAAGGAUUUACUACUUUCUAGAUGUUUAAGGUAUUUGAGGUUGGUCCUAGAGAACAUUCUGUCGAAGUUGGCAUCACUGCCCAAAUCAGUCAUCACUCAUCAGCAAUACUAUAACUAUAGUGUAUUAAUCGUAGUCAGUUGUAAUGUGCUCUGAUAUAAAUUGAAAUAUAAUUUUUAUUUUGUAUAAAUUGUGGUCAAUCAUAAAGUACUAUUAUUAUUUAGUUAAUCUAGUUGAAGAACAGAAAGCUUUUAGUGUCUCAAAAGAUGAUUUGUAUAAUAACUAUCAGUGCAAUCGUUUCUGGGCUAGCAAUUUUAUUACUUUUUUUACAUUUCUCAUUAGAUAAAAAAACAUUGUACAAAAAUUUAAAUAAUAAACAUGUUGUUGUGACUGGCGGGUCAAGUGGUAUUGGUAAGGCUGUUGCCAUCGAGGCCGUAAAAUUAGGAGCUAAUGUAACAGUUAUCGGUCGAGAUAUUAAGAAACUAUCAUCUGUAGUUAAUGAGAUGCAAGGACAUUUUAUUAAUAAAGAACAAAAAGUACAAUAUGCAUCAUUGGAUGUUACAUCCAAUUAUAAUACCAUAGAAAAAUGUUUCUCUGAUUUGGAAAAUAAAAUGGGAACAAUAUUUAUGUUAUUUAAUUGUGCUGGUAUGUGUAUUUGUGGUAAAUUUGAGGAAAUGAAAAUUGAUGAAAUUAAACAGAUGAUUGAUUUAAAUUAUUUUGGAACCGCAUAUCCAACUAAGUAUGUUUUACCAAAGAUGAAAGAGAGAAAUGAGGGUAUUAUUGUUUUUGUUUCGACAGAAGCUGCCUUAUUAGGAAUAUAUGGCUACAGUGCGUAUGGUGCAGCAAAAUGGGCAGUUAGAGGCUUAGCAGAAUCAGUAUUUAUGGAACUGGUAGGAACAAAUGUAAGAUUAACUCUUGCAUUUCCUCCUGAUACAGAUACACCUGGGUUUAAACAAGAGGAACUCACAAAACCUGCAGAAACCAAGCAGAUAUCUGGUUCAGGAGGCCUACAUUCUCCAUCCGAAGUUGGUAGGAAGAUGCUUCAGGAUGCACUAAAAGGAAAAUGCUAUUCAGUUUUCGGAUUUAGUGGGCAUAUUUUAUCUCUACUAUAUUGUGGAAAUAUAGAUAGUGUAAGUCAAGUGUUCCUUCAAAUUGUGACUAUGGGAUUUUUACGUGCAAUUGUAGUGGUUAUUAUGUUAUCAUUUCACAAAAUUGUAAGAGACGGUUUAAGUAAAAAAAAGAAAGAAAGUAGCAACUAAAAAUAUAUUUAAGAAUAUCGCUGAACAUUAAUUGUAACUGAAAGUGGGUAUUAUUAAUUAAAAUCAAUUUAUUGUUUAUAGUAAUGACACCCAAAAUGCCAAACCUCCCUCCGAACCUAGAAAAUAUAUAUAAUGAAUACUAUAUUAUAUAACAAUGUAUUUUUUUAAAAAUAAGUCACUUAUAUUAUAGUUAUUAGACAAUCAAUGAUAUAUAUAUAUAUCAAGUAUAUACUCGAGUUUAAUGUAUGUACUAUAAAAAAUAUAUAAUAUAUAGGUAUUCAGAGUUUAGAACUUAUUAGGAUGGAAGACAGUUAUUAGUAUUUUACCUCAACAACAAUAUUAUGAUAAUUUCAGGAGUAUAACUUUUUAUAUACUGAAAUUAAUUUUAAUUAAACCAUGAUAAUUUAUGAAGCAUUUAAGCACAAAUUUUGUUGAUAGUGUAAUUUAAAGCCACGGCCAGUGUAAACACUAUCAGAUCUAAACCAAACCAUUAUAGGACCAACAGCACUAUCUGAAAGAGAUGAAAAAUUCAUUUAUUUAAUUUAUAAGCUUGGCGGAAAAUAAAUAAUA